AUGCCGCCCCAUAGUAGAGGGGACUCUGCUCCUUCGGGGUUCUACUCCAAAUCGACGCCUAACCUACCUACUUUAGGGUCAUUCGAUGGGCAAAGUCGCGAUGACCACACUGUGGCAUCCCCUCCACGCUCCGCAACCCGACCAGGAGCAAGUCCCUUGUCGCCGAUAUCGAACAGCGCUCUCUCCGAGGCAGCGUCUGUAGAGGACAAUCAGGAUGAAGACGAAGACUCGUUCGCGGUAGAGGAUAUAGCGAGCGAGGACGAAGAGGACGACGAGGAGCCACCGCCUACAUCUCGGCCGUUGUACACAUCUAAAUCGUACAGUCACCUUCCUCAACAUACCGCGACUGCACUCUUUCCGCCCUUCUACAACAGGCCGCCUACGCCUCUCCCGCCGUCACCCUCGUUGACAUCGCUCCUGCGCCCCGCGUUCAGCCGCCCAACCUCGAGGCCUACGACACCAGACUCGUCCGACGUAGAAGGAUACACAAGAGCAGGCUCGCAUACAACAGGCACAAGCACACCUACGAACCUCGCUAGUUCGGCACGGCAUGCUCCGACCGUACCCCGGGCCUCGCCGAAAGUACCUACGUACGAAUAUUACGGCUUUGCCCUGUACCUAGGCAGCUCUGCUGCUUUCCUUAUGUACAUCCUCUGGGCCUACGUGCCAGCUCCCAUGCUGCAUCAGAUGGGAAUUCACUACUACCCUAACCGGUGGUGGGCGCUCGCAGUGCCGUGCUGGCUGGUCGUGCUAGUCAUAUACAUCUAUGUUGCACUAGCAAGCUACAACACGCGCUACCUCACCCUGCCGCUAAGCAGCUGCGAGAACCUCGUGGAUGAAUGCGCGCAGAUAGCCGUUGUCGAUCGCAUGACUGGGCAAAUCGCACGCGAUCCGGUGCUGGUAACCGACAAACUUCACGACAAAGACAAGGAAAAAGGUACUAGAGCGAGUGCACCACCCAGUCGACGAAGCUCUUUUUCGGCAUAUCAGUUUAGCGCGUCGGAAGAAGUGGAUUGGAAAGCGUUCUGGAGCACGGGGACAGACGCUGUAAUGGAUGUACCAAUCGGCGGCGUCUGCGAGAUAUUGUACGGCAGCGAGGGGUGA